AUGGCGACACUGAAAACCUUAGCUCUCCCUGAUCUCCCGUACCCCUACGAUGCUCUUGAGCCGUACAUCAGCAGCGAGAUCAUGCUUCUUCAUCACCAGAAGCACCACAAAGCCUAUGUAACAAACUACAACAACUCUCUCGAGCUUCUCCACCAAGCCAUCGGAAACGGCGACUCGUCCACCGUAGUUAAGUUGCAGAGCUCGAUCAAGUUCAACGGAGGAGGCCACAUCAACCACUCAAUUUUCUGGAAGAAUCUAGCACCAGUAACCCAAGGAGGCGGCGUCCCUCCACAUGGACCGCUCGCUGCCGCUAUCGACAGAGAAUUCGGGUCUUUGGAGAAGUUGAUGCAGAAGAUGAACAAAGAAGGCGGCGCCGUCGACGGAUCUGGAUGGGUGUGGCUGGGGUUGGAGAAGGAACGGAACAAGCUGGUGGUGGAGACGACGAUGAACCAGGAUCCGUUGGUGACAAAAGGACCAACGCUGGUUCCUUUGGUGGGCAUUGAUGUGUGGGAGCAUGCUUACUAUUUGCAGUACAAGAAUGCGAGGCCGGAGUAUAUGAACAACAUAUGGAAUGUUGUGAACUGGAAAUAUGCGAGUCAAGUGUACGAGAAAGAAUGUGGUUCAGCUUGA